UAUUAGAUACUUCAUUCUCAAUCCGAUACAGAACAGUUAUAUACAUUCUAUAAUUUUAUAUUCACACGGUGACGGUACUAAUUUUGUACUAAGAAUUACAUUAUUUUUACAUUUUCUUAGUCGUAUACUUGUAAUUAAGAUUAAAUAUUUGAAGCUUUCCUAAUAAUCAUCAAAAUAUACAAUGGCCGAGGUACCAGAAGUGACCACAUCAUCUGCUGAAGAAUUAUUGGCUGCAGGAAGGCGACACCUUGCUGUGAGAGACUACAAUGCGGCAACAGAAUCUCUAGCAAAGGCCUGUGAACUAUUAGCUAAAACCCAUGGGGAUGUAGCUGAUGAAUGUGCUGAAGCUUAUUUAUGGUAUGGCAAAGCCUUGCUUGGUCUGUCAAGGGAAGAAAGUGGCGUUCUCGGAGGGGGUGUUCCAGGAGCCAAUAAUGAAGAAGAAGAAGAAAAUGAAGAUGAAAAUGGUGAAAAUGGACACGAGGCACCAAAAGAAAAUGAGCAAGAUGUAGAAAUGCCAAAUGAAAAAGUUGAAAAGAUUGAAGCCGAAUCAACUACAAAGGAUGAAGAAGUUGCAAGCAGUACGGCUGAAAUAGCCGAGGAAAAACCGGGAACAUCCAAUGGUGAUCAAAAUGAUGAAUCAGUCGCUAAUUUGGAUAAUGAUGAAGAUGUUGAUAAUUUGCAAUUGGCCUGGGAAAUGCUUGAGCUGUCGCGCAGCAUCCUGCAGAAGCGCGGCUCGGCGUCGCGCGCGCAGCUGGCCGACGCGCACCUCGCGCUGGGGGAGGUGGCGCUCGAGAGCGAGACCUACGACAAGGCCGUGUUGGACAUGGUCAGCUGUCUUGAAAUUCAAAAGGAAUUAUAUCGAAGUGACGACCGCCGUAUAGCAGAAACUCAUUAUCAGAUUGGCCUCGCCAAUUCCCUCGCAUCAAAUUUCGAGGAUGCCAUAACGCACUUCAAAAAUGCAGCGAACAUUCUAGAAUCGCGCAUCAAAACGUUAGAAAACCCAAGUGCAGUGGCCGAAGAUGCUACUGUUAAGAAAUAUUCAAUAGCUGACCCGUUCUAUUCUGUUGAAGAGGAACUUAAGGAAUUGAAAGGACUUCUUCCAGAAAUACAAGAGAAAAUACAAGACAUGAUGGACUAUAAAGCAGAGAUGAUAAAAAGGGUUCGUGAAACGCUCUGUCCGUCAAACGGCGAAGGUUCUUCGAGCGCCAGCGCCGGCGCCGCCUCCAGCAAGCCCGCCGCGCCCAAAGCGGCGCCCUCCGACAUCUCACACCUCAUCAAGAGGAAACGGAAGAACAGCGACGAGGACUCAUCGGCGUCCAAGAGGAUUAACACGUGAAUAUAAUGUUUGAACUUGUUGUGUUAAGUUAGGGAUUGAGCUGUAAUAAUUACUUGUAUUGUAACAUUAUUUCUUUUGGUAAAGUAGAAUGACACGCACCUAUGUAAACACUAUUGAAGAAAUUUCGAAGAACUUUACUAAGAGCGCGAGACUUAAAAUAACUUGAUUUAGAGUUCUGACUUCUGACAUUCUUCUUCAUUUAUUUAACCGUUCUAUAAAUUUAACUCGAUAAAAGCCAGUACUUAUAACAAUAAAAUUCAAGAAAUCGCAUUCGUCAAAAAGUCAUUCUAUCGAUGUACAAAAAUGCAACGAAUAAAUUCGGGUCAAAUAUAAAGCGUUGCUGGUUUUGGUAGAGGAAUUCCUAUUUUGUCGUAUCUCUAUUUAUAAUGUAACAAUACAAGCAAAUACCGCUAAUCAAUCGCGACCUCUGUCCAGUGUUAUUUAUUUAAAAGAAAAACUGAAAAUGGCUAUUAAUCUGUUGAUAAGUAUAGCGAAAAAAUGGGAUGGGAUUUUGUCGUUAUAUUGUUAUAAUUUAAACCGGAAAAAAAAUGCUCACUGUAAUGUCGCAGAGCGGUCUUGACCUUAUAUAACAGGUUAAAGAAUUAAAAUUUUAUAAAAAAAUUACAUUAUUCAUCAUUUGAGAUAUUUUUCCUGUUUGAACGUAAUUACUUGUUCGUUUCAUGAUUUCUAUACUGAUUAAUUGGCCAUGUUUUUUUAUCUUGUCUAUAUUUAUUAUUUUUAUUACAAAAUAAUAAUAAUGACUAAUGACAUACUUCGUUAAUGUCAACGUUAUGUUCGAUAUCGACAAUUUGUUUGAAUCAGUUUAUGCUUCCUUAUUCCUGCUUAUAGAGUAUAAAAGUCGGCGACAAUUCAUAUUCAACAUUUUGUUUCUCGAAACACUCAAAAUACUUAGCUUCAAACAGGGGUCAUUGAACUUUUCUUAAAUCUUCUUGAUCUUAUUCUUCAUAAGUUAUUAACGUAAAAGAUAAUAUAAUUAAUUAAAAUUAAAUUUGCGUUGACUAAAACUCAAGUUAGACAGAUACAUGCACAAUUAGCUCCUGCAUCGAUUUUUACUCGAGACAAAUAUCUGAGUAUAGCUUAAAGACUUUAAUUUAAAUUUUAUUGUUAGAAUGUUGUAUUUAUAGACUGGUAUGAUUUUUAGCUCCCAUACGAUGCCUUAUCAAUUGUUUCCUGUAAAAUGUUUCUCAUAAUAUUUUUAUCACAAUGGAACAUAAGAGUUUCUUCUGGUUUAAUUUUUUAUUAUCAAGAGAUCCUAGUGUUCUGAGAGCAUGAGACAUUAAUUUUAUUGUGAUUACAAGAAAUAGUUGUUUCCCGUAAUAUGUGUCCUUAUAAAUAUUGUUCAAUUGAUGUUUAGUUACACAUUUAUUUCUAUCUAUUUCUAACAUAGAUAAUUUUAAUGAAAUAGAAGUAGACAGCAUUAUUAAACUUACAACCACUGAGCAAUAUUGUUGUCUUUCGUCAGUUGAAUAAAACAUUGUCUUAAUGUGGAAAUAAAAUCAUAUAAAAUAAGUUAGUGAUCUAGUAACUAGUGUUUCAUUUUAUGUAAUCAUAGGUUAAGUUUUAAUUAAGAAAUCAAUAAAUAUUUUGUUUAAUUAAAUCCACCAUUUAUUUGGUAAUUAA